GUUUGUUUACCACAGUACAUCUGUUAUCAUGAUAAAUUUAGUUUCCAAGUAAUCAGUCGUUUAUAAAUAUUUACAUUUGCCGUUUCAACUUUAUAAAGCAAAUAUCUGUGAAAGUAACAAGCGACUUCAAGUAGAAAUAAUAAGUGGUAAAACAACUUCAUAAAGAUAACCUCAAAAUGUCAAUAGUACAUUACAUAGCAUUCUCUCUUCUUAUUAUCGGCUGCCUGAGUCAAAGACCAUCUUACGCUGGAAACAGACCGAUAGGAUACCCAGCAGUCGAAACUACUCCUUCUUCUGGUUUACUAGGAAACAGAUUCGGUGACGAUGAGCGACUUCAAAUACUACCUCUUGAUGCGUUAAAUGACAGAGACCUGGUGAUGCGCAUAAGCAGGCUGCCUUUAGACAAACAACCAUUCUGGUUCAUUAACUGGAGAGCUUUAGAAGCGAACAGGAGAACACCUCAGACUUACGAACAGCGACAAAGUCCAUUCAACCAACCUAUAAACCAAAAUUAAGGCAAACUUUUAAUUAAAGUAAAUUAGAAGUUUAUUGUUCAUAUAUAAAUAUAAUGAACAUAUAUUGUCUCUGCUGGCCUGACCACUGGUUGCUUGAGUCAUCGGAUUCUGCAGCCGGUGGUCUUCUAUUUUU